UAAAGUUCCCUCUUUCACACCAAAAUUUCAAUCGCUGUCGUUCUUCUUCCGUCUCCCUCCAUAAUUCCACCUUACAAACACAUGGAAAACACGGCGAACGGCGGCGCCGGAGACAAGGUUACGGCCACCAGCAGCAAUGGCGUGGCCACCGUGGACAAAGGCGUGGAUUUCGCCAACUAUUUCUGCACUUACGCCUUUCUUUACCACCAGAAAGAGAUGCUUUCUGACCGCGUUCGAAUGGAUGCUUAUUACCACUCCGUUUUCAACAACAAACACCACUUCAUCGGAAAAACUGUGUUGGAUGUAGGAACAGGUAGUGGCAUUUUAGCAAUUUGGUCAGCUCAGGCAGGGGCAAAGAAGGUAUACGCUGUGGAAGCUACUAAAAUGGCUGAACAUGCACGCGAGCUCGUUAAAGCCAAUAACCUUCAAGACAUUGUUGAAGUAAUCGAGGGUUCAAUCGAAGAUAUAACCUUACCCGAAAAAGUCGAUGUCAUCAUCUCCGAGUGGAUGGGAUAUUUUCUUCUGCGCGAAUCUAUGUUCGAUUCUGUUAUCUGCGCGCGUGAUCGCUGGCUGAAACCAACCGGUGUCAUGUAUCCCAGCCAUGCUCGCAUGUGGUUAGCACCGAUCAGAACCGAAAUAGCCGAUCAAAAACUGAACGAGUACGAAGGAUGUAUGAACGACUGGCACGGUUUCGUUACCGAAACGAAAUCUUGUUAUGGUGUGGAUAUGAGUGUUUUAACAAAAUCGUUCUCCGAAGAGCAAAAAAAGUACUACUUGCAGAAUUCUAUGUGGAACAACCUGGAUCCAGAUCAAGUAAUUGGAACAGGUGCUAUUUUGAAAGAGAUUGAUUGUUUAACGGUUACCGUUGAUGACAUUCUCAAAGUUGAAGCUAGUAUAUCGUCAACGAUUAACAGAGAGGACACGUGGCUAUGUGGAUUUGGUGGCUGGUUCGAUGUCCAUUUUAAAGGAAGGACCGAGAAUCCUGCUGAGUGUGAGGUCGAGUUGACAACGGCCCCGAGCAUUGAGGAUGGCACACAUUGGGGUCAACAGGUCUUUCUUUUGAACCCGCCUGUUCGUGCAAACGAAGGGGAGGAGAUCCGUGUUAAUUUUUCAAUGAGCCGAUCUGAAGCAAAUCAUCGGUUAAUGAACGUUGAUCUCGGGUAUGAAAUUAAGUUAUCAUCUGGUAAGACGUUGCCACAUGUCGGAAACAAGUUCUAUAUAGAAUGAAACCGAACAAAACGACCAUCAUUAUCAACCAUUCUAAAGAGGAUGGUUAUGAGAUUAUACUUUAAAAGAGUGACAAUACUUUGCUAUGAGACAUUUGCAGAAAUUUACCAGCUUUUUCCCACUGUGCUGUUAUUUUUGCAAUGUUAUAUGGUAUUAUUAUUAUUU